AUGCUUAUUAGCGCCUCACAGCAAAAUAAUCUGCGUCUGAAAGCAGACAGGGACGAAUAUCAGAACGACUGUAAUGGAACACAGAUUGGUUUAAUAGUAUCAAAAACUCUUUUGAAGGCAGAUGUGUCCGUCAGAGCAGGUGGGUACGGCGUAACACGGACGACUAUCUCUAGGGCACGGCGCGGGCCGGCCGGGCUGGAGCGCUCCCCGCCGCGGGGCUCGGCCCGGCCCCCCUUCGCCUACGGCGCGGAGGGCCCGCGGGGCUACGCGGGCGCGGGCGGCGGGGACUUCGCGGGCAAGGCGGCGGAGAGCAGCGGCGAGCAGAGCGGCGAGGAGGAGGACGCCUUCGAGGCGGCGGCCAAGGGCGGCAAGCUGAAGGCGGGCGGGCUGGGCAAGAAGCCCAAGGAGCAGCGCUCGCUGCGGCUCAGCAUCAACGCGCGCGAGCGGCGCAGGAUGCACGACCUGAACGAUGCGCUGGACGGGCUGCGCUCCGUCAUCCCCUACGCGCACAGCCCCUCCGUGCGCAAGCUCUCCAAGAUCGCCACGCUGCUGCUGGCCAAGAACUACAUCCUCAUGCAGGCGCAGGCCCUGGAGGAGAUGCGGCGCCUGGUCGCCUACCUGAACCAGGGGCAGGCGCUGGGCGCCCCCCUAGCCCCCUUCGGACAGUCCGCCGUCUACCCCUUCGCCGGCUCCGCCGUGCCCGGCUGCCCCGACAAGUGCGGCGCCUUCGCGGGGGCCUCCGCGCUCUGCAAACACUGUAGCGAUAAGCCCUGACUGCCCGGCCCGGCCCGGCCCGGCCCCUCCGCCGGCUCUG